CCCACUGGCAAGCUUCAAUGUAGCUGUGGGUAUCUGUACCCUAGAAGGGGCUAGUAUACCCAUUCUAGUACCUGCCAUAAUUAUGGAAGGUCCAACGUCAAGCACCAACGGGAAGAAGAGGAAGAGUCCCUGUGAAUCUAGUAAUAAAGAAAGUGAUGAGACACAGGAGACACUGAACGGAGCUUUAGCCUCUGAACAAAGCUUGACGAAGACCAAAAAAUCACAAUAUCCAACAAUAUUAGUGUUUUACUACAGGAAGGGUAAGAAAUGUUCAAAUCAAAUGGAGAAAGACCUCCGACAGAAUUCCAUUGAUCCAAUCCAAGAGGAGGGGGACAAAGACCUAGGCCCAUGUGAAGGAUCUUCACAGAAGGACGAAAACCUAGACUCAUGGGAAGGAUACUCACAAGAGGAUGAAGACCUAGAUGACUCAGCUGAAGGAUCUUCACAGGAGGCCGAAGACCUAGACUCAUGUGAAGGAUCUUCACAGAAGGACGAAGAGCUCGACCCAUGUGAGGGAUCUUCACACAACGACAAAGACCUUGACCCAUGGGAAGAAUCUUCACAGAAGGACGAAGACCUCGACCUCAUGGGAAGGAUACUCACAGGAGGAUGAAGACCUCGACUCAUAUGGAGGAUCUUCAAAGAAGGAUGAAGACCUCGACUCAUAUGAAGGAUCUUCAAAGAAGGAUGAAGACCUCGGCCCAUGGGAAGGAUCUUCACAGAAGGAC